AUGUCGCUCCUCGCCCUCCCAAACGAGCUCCUCCUCUGCAUCAGCGCCCACCUCUCCAUGAAAGAACUUUCGUAUCUCCUCCUCACCACCCAGCGUCUCUCUCAUCUCCUCACACCCUCCCUAUACCAGCUGGCCCUUAAAAACUGGAGGCGCGGAACCUCCGCCCUCUAUUCCGCUGCCACCCACGGAAACCACACCACUGUCUCUCUCCUCCUUAAGAAUGGCGCCAAUACCCUCGGCCUCAAAAAGCACGGACGCACGGUCUUUCACCGUCUCGCCUCCAAUAAUGAAGCUAAAGCUCUCAUGAUCAUGCUCGAGUACGGUGUUGACAUCGACGAGCGAGACGAAAAUGGGAUGACAGCCCUGCACAUGGCGGUGCGGUGCGAGGGGUCUGGGUCCCUGGAGGCGCUCAAGACGUUGCUGGAGUGGGGUGCUGACACAGGCGUGCAUGAGCCGAUCAGUGGAUAUACACCGCUGCACACCGCAGUUCAUAUGGAGUCUCCCAUUGCGGUAGAGAUGUUGCUACGGAAGGGGGCCCCUGUGGAUGCCCGCACGCUCAAGGGGGAGACGCCAUUACAUGUGGCUGCGUGGAAGACACUGCAUAAGCUUGGGAAUAAGCCAUUCGACUACAUGGACCACCCGGCUUCGUGGAACUUCUACGAGAGGGGAAUUACGAGAGUAGAGGCUGGGGGUAUUACAAGGCAUGAGGUUGUUGUUAAGUUGUUGUUGGAGUAUGGCGCAGAUGUCGAUGCUUUGGAUGAGACCAGCAGGACGCCGUUGCAUUUGGCAGCCACAAGAGGCAAUGAAGAGACGGCCAGGAUUUUGAUAAGGAGCGGAGCUGAUAUAGACGCUAAGGAUGGCGAAGGUAUCACACCGUUGCGGUACGCGGUGACAAUCGAUGAGUUCUCGUUCAAUGACGCGAAGGCAUCGUUGCUCAAACAAGCAGCCCUGGUGAAGGAUCUCGGUCUGAGGGUAUGCCCAAAGCAUUUUUGUGAUACGAGACAUGAUUGA